CGCGCCUGCUGUCUCGGCACCUCUGCCUUCAGCACUGCCUACGGAUUUGCAGUACUAACGUAAAGUCGACGGUGUUAACAAAAUAGCUAAACUUAAAGCAGUGAAUCCCAUUCUAGUCGUUAAUUAAGUGCUUUAAUUUGAUAUACAUUUUUGAAAUAAAUAUUUUUUACAGCUUUCACAAAAGUUUUCUGUAUCUUUUCACGGAUACAAUUACGUAUAUGAGUGUACUGUGCUAGUUUUGACGUUUUUAUAAAGAACAACAAUAAAACAAGUGUUUAGAAGCUUCGACAAAAAGACAUCCUGCUAGCGAAGGCUGGCGCCCCGCGAUGCCUGCAUGGAGCCUAGGCCUCCACCCUCUUCGCCAUCUGACACAGACUCCGACUCCGGAGAUGAAACAGUACCCGCUGACCCAGAGACGUGGGUGCGACGCGACGUGGUGCGUUGCGUGCGUUGGGCGGCACGUACAUUCCGCGUGCACGCGCCGCGAAGGCAUCUUUUGCCUACAUCAGGAGCUGCUCUGCUGCAGCUUACUGAGGAACAUUGGCUUCAGGUGUGCGAGGGCAAGACGGAAGCGGCGCGCAUCUUCCACACAUAUGUGCAGCACGUGCAUGCGGAGGCAAAGGGCCGGCCUCCACCAGAGCCGUUGCCAGAGCACCAGGCCUCGACCUCCGCUGCUACACUCCCAAAUCCCUACGCGGCGCUAGGCGGGCGGGCGAGCGGCGGUCAAGUGCAACUGUGGCAGUUCUUACUUGAAGAACUGGCGGCGGGAUCACCUGGUAUUUGCUGGGAGGGUCCCCCGGGUGAUGGAGAGUUUCGUCUUUCGGACCCCGAAGAAGUGGCCCGACGGUGGGGACGCCGCAAACAGAAACCUAAUAUGAACUAUGACAAAUUAUCUCGCGCUCUACGCUACUAUUACGACAAAAACAUCAUGGGGAAGGUCCCCGGUAAGAGAUAUGCGUACAAGUUUUGUUGGGCGGGCUUGGCCGCAGCCUGCCAGUCCCAAUCGGAUGCUCCCUAUUGGCCAUACCUUCCUGCUCAUCCACAUCACUCUACAAACUGACAACAUUUGCAGUAUUAAAAAAAUCAUGUGUCCAAUUCACACGUGGUAGAAGUGAAACCUUCAAAAACAAAGUUUUUAUAAUUAAAAUGUGUAAAUUAGACUUUUUUCUC